AGUAAAAAAUAAUGGGAAUGAUUGAAGGAAAGAGAGAAUUGAUUUGAGAGUGAAAAAGGAGGGGGGUAAGAAAGAAAGAAAGAAAGAAAGUAAGAGAGAUGGAUCUAAUCUGUGUUUGAUUGAUGAGAGGUAGGAUCCACAGACUCUCUCUUUGUAUUUUUCUCCCUUUUUUUUCUCUCUUCUAAUUUUAGCUCCAUCUUUUUCCACCAUUUCUUUUUCCACAACCUAAUUUUAAUUUCAUCCUCUAAUUUUUCCACACACAACAACAACAACAAUUACUUUCAAUCAAAUCCACUUUUUUCAAUUUUCCGCUUAAUCUCUUCCCUAAUUAAUCCCUAAUCAGAGCUUUUGAUUAUCCUUUUUCUUCCAUUGAUGUAUUUUCUGAGCUGCGAACUGCAUAGUAUCAACGAUUGAAGGUUCUUGUAUUAAAAAAGAGGUUAGCCGCUGUUAGCACUCCAGACCCCUCCUUAUAAUGGAGGAUGUUGAAGACAAGUUGCCCUCUGACUCCUCUACAAAAAUUGCUGAAAAGACACCACCGGCUGAACAUGUUGAAGACAUGUUGCCCUAUGAAUCCUUUUCAAAACUUACCGAAGAGACACAUAAGGCAGAACAUGUUGAAGACAAGUUUCCGUCGGACUCCUCCACAAAAAUUGCUGAAAAGGCACCCCCGGCAGAACACGUUGAAGACAUGUUGCCCUCUGAAUCCUCUUCAAAACUUACCGAAGAGACACAUAUGGCAGAACAUAUUGAAGACAAGUUUCCCUCGGACUCCUCUACAAAAAUUGCUGAAGAGACACCACUGGUAGAACACGUUGAAGACAUGUUGCCCUCUGAAUCCUCUUCAAAACUUACCGAAGAGACACGUACAGCAGAACAUGUUGAAGACAAGUUGCCCUCUGACUCCUCUACAAAAAUUGCUGAAGAGACACCACCGGUAGAGCACGUUGAAGACAUGUUGCCCGCUGAAUCCUCUUCAAAACUUACCGAAGAGACAGAUAUGGAAGAGCAUGUUGAAGACAAGCUACCCUCUGAAUCCUCUUUAAAAAUUUCUGAAGAGACCCCACCAGCAGAACAUGUUGAAGACAAUCUACUCUCUGAGAGCUCUACAAAAAUUACUGAGACACAACUGACAGAACCCUCUGAAGAAAAUACCGAUGUGAUAAACCCACCAUAUAAUCCAACUUCCACAGAACUUCCAAUUCCACAUAGUAAUGGCAAAGUGGAGUCUGGCUCUCACUCGACAGUGAAUGAGCUCCCUGAAUUAUCAGUGUUGCCAAAUGUUUCUGUUGGUCACACUAUAAUACAAGAUGAGGAUGUUUCUGUAGAUAAUUCAGCUUCAUUUCCAAAUGAUACAGUGGAUGUAACAGAAGCAAGCGACCAGCUAACAAUUGUUGAAGAUUCUGAACCACGUGGUACAGAAGAUAUCUCUGACAGGCAUGAAUUGCGUGUUGAUGUUACUAAUGUCGCUGCAGAUAAUGAGAUUAGACUUUCAGCUUCCUCUUCUGAAACAAAAGAUUUGCUAAAUGAUCUUAAUGAAGUAAAGGUGGCUGUUGGAGCAGUUGAUUCACCCACACAAACCAAGCAGGUUGAUGCAAAAAGAGGCCUUAUUGAUACCACACCUCCAUUUGAAUCUGUCAAGGAAGCUGUUUCUAAAUUUGGAGGAAUUGUGGAUUGGAAGGCUCAUAGAAUCAAGACUGUGGAGAGGCGCAAUAUAGUAGAACAAGAACUUGAUAAAGCAAAUGAGGAGAUCCCAGUAUACAGAAAACAAGCAGAGGUGGCUGAAAAGACAAAAGUACAAGUACUAAAGGAGCUUGACAGCACGAAGAGGCUUAUAGAAGAAUUAAAGCUUAACCUAGAGAGGGCACAAACUGAAGAGCAUCAGGCAAGACAGGACUCGGAACUUGCAAAGCUCAGAGUGGAAGAGAUGGAGCAAGGUAUUGCAGACGAAUCUAGUGUUGCAGCAAAGGCGCAACUUGAGGUCGCAAAAGCUAGGUAUUCAGCAGCUGUUACAGAUUUAGCAGCUGUGAAAGAGGAGCUGGAAGCAUUGCGUAAGGAAUAUGCUUCCUUAGUGACUGAUAGAGAUCAUGCUAUUAAGAAAGCUGAGGAGGCAGUUACAGCAUCCAAGGAAGUAGAGAAGUCAGUGGAAGAUUUAACUAUUCAACUAAUCGCCACAAAAGAGUUAUUGGAGACUGCUCAUGCCGCACACUUGGAAGCAGAGGAACAUAGAAUAGGAACAGUGAUGGCGAGAGAUCAAGAUUCACUCAAUUGGGAGAAGGAACUUAAACAGGCAGAAGAAGAGCUCCAGAGAAUCAAUGAGCAAAUGUUGUCUGCAAAGGAUCUCAAAUCUAAACUGGAAACAGCCUCUGGUUUGCUGCUUGAUUUGAAAGCUAAAUUAACUGCUUAUAUGGAAUCAAAGCUAAAUCAAGAAAGUGAUGAAGAACUCUCACAAGGAGGCCUAGGAGAACCAAAAAAGAAGACACACGCUGAAAUACAAGCAUCCGUGGAAUCAGCCAAAACGGAACUUGAAGAAGUAAAACUUAAUAUAGAGAAAGCAAAUGCUGAGGUUAGUUGCUUGAAGCUAGCUGCUACAUCUUUAAAAUCAGAACUGGAACAAGAAAAAUCAACUCUUGCCCUAAUCAGGCAAAGAGAAGGAAUGGCCUCCAUUGCAGUUGCAUCUCUAGAAGCUGAGUUGGACAAGACUAGAGCAGAAAUAGCUUUGGUUCAGAUGAAGGAGAAAGAAGCAAAAGAGCAGAUGACUGAACUUCCAAAGAAGCUACAACUAACAGCUGAAGAGGCUAAUCAGGCCAACUUGCUUGCUCAAGCAUCUCGUGAAGAGCUACAGAAAGUAAAGGCAGAAGCAGAGCAAGCCAAGGCUGGAGUAAGUACCUUGGAAAGCAGGUUACUCGCAGCUCAAAAGGAGAUAGAGGCUGCAAAGGCUUCUGAAAAGUUGGCAAUAGCAGCAAUUAAAGCAUUGCAAGAGAGUGAAUCAAAUAGAAGCAAAAAUGAAGUGGACCCUUCCAGUGGGGUAACACUUUCUUUGGAUGAGUACUAUGAGCUUAGCAAACGAGCUCACGAGGCAGAAGAGCGAGCCAAUAUGAGGGUUGCAGCUGCUAAUUCUGAAGUUGAGAUAGCUAAGGAGUCUGAAUUGAAAUCCUUUGAGAAGUUGGAUGAAGUGAAUAGAGAGAUAGCUGCUAGAAGGGAAUCCCUGAAGAUGGCAAUGGAAAAAGCUGAGAAGGCAAAGGAAGGUAAAUUAGGUGUAGAACAAGAACUUAGAAAGUGGAGAGCUGAAAAUGAGCAACGGAGAAAGGCUGGUGAGUCUGGCCAAGGAGUGGUUAACCAGAAUAGAAGUCCUAGGGGUAGUUUUGAGGGGAGUAAAGAAGCAAAUAAUUUUGACCGGUCCCAUUAUGCAGAUAAUCCUGCACAACACUUGUCAAGCCCGAAGAAUACGCAUGCAGAAAAUGAUGAAGGUGGAUCAUCACCAGAAACAAAACAUGGAAAAAAGAAGAAGAAAUCGUUGUUCCCACGGGUUUUUAUGUUCUUUGCUAGAAAAAAAUCUCAUCCACACAAGUCAGGGUAAUCCCAAAUUGAAAUUAUAUGCAUUGUUAUGUUGCAGUUAUCUUACCUCUCAUCCUGUUGGAGAUCUCACAGUGGCUUGAAAUGCUGGACUACCGAAAGCUGUAUUGAACCUGUUUAUGGUGAUUGCAUUGUGUAUGGUUUGAUUGGAUUAUACUCUCAUCACUUCAUGGAUGGUAUAUGGGUGCCUGAUUGGUGUUUUAUGAGGACGUAAAAUAAGUUCAUCUAUGAUGGGAAAAGAUAAAAUAAGAUGAUUUUGUAUUGUGUAUAGUCUUCUGAUAUAUUGAACCGCGGCUUCUGUAAAGAUUUGUUUUCAGAUUUGAUUGAAUGAAAGAAAAAAAAAAUUCUUUGUUUGUGAUUUGAAGCACUUGAAUGGCAUGGUAUGUGCAUAUUAGAAACUCAUUAUGUUGAUCAAUACUAGGAAGAAGUUUCUAAAUGGUUCCCAUUCAUUUUACAUGGUGAGACUAUUGUGGACCUCCUGAUGCAUGGAAUGUCACAUAAAGGCUGAAUGAAGUCGUCGAUCUCUUUUGAUAA